CAGAAAGAAUCCCAGAAUUCCAGUUCCGCCGUGAGAGCCAUAGUCCACAAACAAAAAAGUACAAGUACAAAGAUUGAUGGAUUUGUAAGAAAACUAGCUAAGCCUAGCAGCAAGUUAAACCAUAUGGACAAGUAAGUGAAGAGAGAAGAGAGAGAAGAAGGGAUGAGAAAAUGAAACAAUAAAGAAAAGAAGGCAACUUUGAGGUGUAGACUAUAGACAGAGAUGAAAAGGAGAGAAAAAAGUGGGAAAGGGCCAGCAGAAAAGCAAGAAAAUUUGGGGGAAAAGUUGAAGAGAGUAGGGAAAAGAGGGGGACAUAGCACUCCGGUUGUACCCUUUUGGAGACUAGAGCUACAAUUACAACUACAACAACAAAACCUCCCCCUCCCUCUUUUAGCUGCCAAUAGUACUAGUGCUGCUGCUCAUCAUCAUAGUAGGGGUGGUGGGGGCGGUGGCGAAGAAGUUGAAAGGGUGCAAGUUACCAACGCUGGAGUCAGCCCUUUUCAGUUUCCUUCUGUUUCUGCAAGAAAACUCGCUGCCACCCUUUGGGAACUUCAUCAUUACAAGCUGCCUCUUUCUAGAAUGCACCAGGGUGUCGGCAUAGCUCCUCCGAGAAUCCGACGCCUCCACUACCACCAGCACCAUCAGCACCACCCUUAUGACGACAAGGGUGAUCUUCAACACCCUGAUCCUUCACCUAGUUCGCCUGACCUGCCCGGAAGUGCUAGCAGUUUGAGGAGGCAUGUCGCUUUACUGAUGCAACAUCACCGACCCGCUGAAAGAAGCAAUCAUGCCUUACAACCUGUUUCUCCUGCUAGUUAUGGUAGUUCAUUGGAGGUGGCACCUUAUAACCCUGCCAUUAGCCCUAGCAGUUCUAUAGGCUUCAGGGGAAGGAUUGGUGAGACAAGCUAUAGCCUCAAGACAUCUACAGAACUGCUAAAGGUAUUGAAUCGAAUUUGGAGCCUUGAAGAGCAGCAUGCUUCCAAUGUAUCACUGGUGCGAGAACUGAAGAAGGAAUUAGACCAUGCUCGUGCCCGUAUCAAAGAGUUGGUAAGAGAUCAGCAAGCCGAUCGACAGGAGAUAGAUGAAUUGAUGAAACAGAUUGCAGAGGAUAAAUUAGCCAGAAAAAGCAAGGAGCAGGAUCGCAUUAAUUUGGCUAUUCAAUCUGUAAGGGAAGAACUUGAAGAUGAAAGGAAGUUGAGAAAGCGCUCAGAGAGCCUGCACCGGAAAUUAGCCCGGGAGCUUCAUGAGGUGAAAAUGUCAUUUGCAACAGCUUUAAAAGAGCUAGAGAAAGAGAGAAAAUCACGUGUGCUUUUAGAAGACCUUUGCGAUGAGUUUGCUUGGGGAAUAAGAGAUUCUGAACAAGAACUGCGUGCUCUAAGACAGAGGUAUGACAAGGACUGGACUGAAAAAGCUGGUCAUGAUCACUUAGUACUUCAUAUGUCCGAAUCAUGGCUUGAUGAGCGAAUGCAGAUGAAGCUUGAGCACCAGAAUAAUUUAGGAGGUAGGACUGUGGUUGUGGACAAGUUGAACUCUGAAAUAGAGGCCUUUCUUCGAGCUAAAAGAAUUUCCAAGAGUAACAAGAAUAACCAUUUGCCAGCAAGAGAUGUUAAAUUUCGUAAGAGCACUUUGGAAUCAACCCCUCUGAAUGUUGGUGUUAGUGCUCCUCAAGAUGAGGACGAUGCAGAUGAUUCUGCAGGUAGUGGGUCACAUUGCUUUGAGCUACACAAACCAAGUGCUCUUGAGAUAAAAUCCCAAGAGAAUGAUGUUGAGGAGGAUCAUAUUGAUGAUAGACUGAAGCAAAAUCAAACAAAGAAACUUCCAUCCAAUGACAAAACAAAAUCACGUAGUCCAGCCAGUUUGCAGGUGAAGUUUGAAGAACAGAUGGCUCGAGCUGUAUUGCAUAGUGAAAGCAAAGACCAUUUUGAAGAUUUGGAUCAGAGAAAUUCCCAGGCAUUGAAUCCAGUUGAAAUUAGCAUUUCAAAGAGGUCUGAAAUAGGUGAAGCAACAGAAGAGGGCAGUUCAGUGAGAAGAAAUAAACCAGAUGGAACCCCUGAACCUAACUCUAACUACAUGAUUGAUAAUUUAAUAAGGAGCCAUUAUUUGUUAUCAGAGAGUGGGAGCACGCAUCCUGAAAAAGAUUAUGGGCUAGCAUCUGGUGGUAGUUCUGUCUGGAGAAGUCGUGCGAGUCCGGUAAGGCAAUGGACCGAGAGACUUCCAUCCAAUGAGCUGGAGAUAUCUGAAUCCUCUUCAAAAUUGCCUCCAGAUUUGAAGGAGAAUACUUUAAAGGCGAAGCUCAUUGAAGCAAGGACAAGGAGCCAAAGGUCCCGCUCGCGUUUAAAGGGCUCCAAAGUCUCCUUCUAGGCUUGAUUUGGUAGCUUGCAAGCCCAUCUACCGGGUGUUUUGUGAAUACGAGUCUUAUUACACUACGGAAUUGUAUGUCAAGGUAUCCACCUUUGUACGUAGUUUUGGAAGUUAAUCUUGUACAAGUGUAUUAUUUUUUUUUUUUUGGGGUUCUUGACCAGUGAGUUUCAAAGAAGAUUUAGAAUAA